AUGGUGGCGUGCUCGACGGUGACGGUGACGAAGUGCCAAGCGGCGUUGCGCACGCUGCAGGCCUUCCCGUUCUUCAAGCCCACCUGCCUCUGUCGCGAGCCGCACGUCGACCCGGAGUGCAACUCCUUCCGGGACUUCCUCUUCGACCACCCCUGCAUCUUCGUGCUCAAGAAGGAGAAGGACCCGUACCCAGUGGAUGCUCUUCCGACGUGCAACCACGCGCUUUCCGUGUGUCAGCAAGAGCGCAAAUGUAUCAAACUGUUCGACGAUUUCAAGUCCAACUGCAAAGUCCGGGAUCAGAAAUGCCGGAUGGAAGACAGAGACUUGUGUCAUGAAGCUUGGACCAAACUGAGAUUGUCUCCAAUGUUUGGUUGCAUAUGUCCAAAUAAUCAUAUGAAAAGGCGCUGUGAUCGGAUAUUUACGAUGGUUAAUCACAAUCCUUGCGUCGACGUUCUACCAGCCUCCCUUGAUUUAUCUGGCACAGACUCUGCACUCUACCCGUAUGACCCCGAGCAAGGAAAUUUCCGAGAGUUGUGGUACCCCAGCUUGUAUCCGUACUUUCUCUCCCCGCCCACCUCGCACCAGCACCCGCAACCGUCCCUAGAAGAAACUCAAAUAGAUUACGAUGACUCGGAAACUAAACUGACUGCUUCCUAUUCGGGGUCAAUUUCAGUUAAGGUGAUAUCCUCGGAAAAUGCCACGUCGUUUGACGGCAUUGAGUCUCAGUUAGAGAACCCUCUAGUUGGCAUUAGGGGUGCCAACCAGAAGGAUUAUAACGGAGUAAGGCAGGAAGUGCAAUGGCAAGGCAAUGGCAAUGGCAACAGCUCGCUAUUUGACGAAGACGGACAGCCGAGGCGGACUAGUUUGACGCAGUACCCGGGAAAAAGCUCCGACGCGGCGGCGCCGGCGUCCGCGUCGGCGGAGACGCGCAACCUGAGCCUGCAGAGCACGUGCCACCUGGCGCUGGACGCCUGCCAGCGCAACGCCUCGUGCCGCGCCAAGCUGCAGCCCGUGCUCGCCGCCUGCGACCCCGCGCCCGGCCGCUGCCACCGCCACAGCUGCAUGGACAAGCUGCAGGACUUCUACCGGCAGAAGGACCUGCUGCCCUUCACGCUCGAGAUAGCCUUCUGCCUCUGCAAGAAGACGGAGAACAAGCAGGACGAGUGCCUGGUGGCGCAGGAGAAGCUGCACCCGGUGUGCGCGCAGCGCGUCGACGGCCAGGCCAUGCCCACCUGCCACUCUCUCGCCGAGCUGUGUCGCGAGCAGCGCAGCUGCAGGAACCGGCUGGAGACGUACGAGCAGUCGUGCGCGGUGGACAGCGUGACGAAGAAGUGCGCGGGCCCGGCGAGCGAGUGCCGGCACGCCAUGCUGGCCAUCCUGGGCACCGAGCUGCGCUCCAACUGCGCCUGCAAGGGCACAGACUUCACGCAGCUCUACGACUGCCUCGGCUGGCAGCGCCUGCUCUGGGUCAACCCCUGCGUCGUGGAGUCGCAGAAGGACUUCCACACGAAGCGGCUGAGCGACAGCGUGGCGACGACGCCGGCGCCCACGAGCGCCGCCACGGCCGCCGCCGGCCCGCCGCCCGCCAGCGCCGCCCCCGCGCCCGCCCCCGCGCCCGCCCCCGCGUCUGCGCCGCCGCCCAGCACGCCGGCCGCCGCCGCCGCCUCCACGCCGACGCCGACGCCCGCCUCCAGCACCGCCUCCACCUCGACGACCCUACCUCCGCGUUACUGUGUGGUUCACCGUCCUCAGCAGUCUGUACAGUACAUCCGUGAAGGAAAAGGGAAAAGGCUGUACCAGGAGAACGAGCCCGACUGCUCCGAGCUGUGCCAGUGCAGCGAGGGUGAGCAGCUGGUGUGCAACACGGUCUGCGUGGAGCGCGCGCCCUGCAAGACCGAGUUCGCCUUCUACAACCACGCGGCGCCGUCCUACCAGGCGUACCGCGGCCGCUGCCUCUGCUACUCGGGCCGCUUCAUCUGCAUGCGCCCCAUCCUAGACGGCCACAAGCUGCCGCAGGGCGUCUUCCUGUUCCUCGGCUACAGCGAAGCCGACGAGCAGCUUCUGCGGCCGCACAGCAACCUGACGGUGCGCGACGCCGUCGCCUCGCUCGAGGAGUUCAUGCACCAGCAGCUCACCAACAAGACGUCCUGUACGCUGUCUCUUUACAACGUUACUAAAGAGAAUCUCAUCUUAGUAGCGAAACUGAAGAAAGAGGACUCAUCAGCGGAAGAUGACUCAUCGCAAAUCUCUUCUGCCGACCUCCUCGUACGCGAAAAGGAGGAGUGCGCGGGCCCGCUGCAAGAGCUGAGCAGCAAGAUCAACUCGCGCCACCCCGAGCUGCACUCGCACCUGCUGCUGUCGAUCUUCAAGAUGGCCGAGGUGGAGGUGAAGGUGCCGGACGGGCGCGGCGCGCGGGCAGCCCCGGCGCCAUUGGCGCUGCUGCUGGCCGCCGGCCUCGCGCUGCGCCACGCGUCGUGACGCCCGCUCUAACGCCGCCACAGCCGCUACAACUUCAUGCGCUUCAUACAUAUCAUUUUGGGUUUCGGAGCACAGUGACACGUGUUUAUUAUGUUCUCGAAACAACUGUGAUGUCUGUCGGCCCCUGAAAAAAUGUAUUUAGACAUAAAAACGUCUUCCUUCGCGCCACGACUGCUGCGAGUGUUUUUGACUGUGGUGCGAUGUACCCUAGACUAGAAUCAUCACUACACUGUCUCCGAGACGAAAAAAAAAAAUAUAUAUAUAUAUUCCACAUUGUGCGUCCAUUGCGUAUCCUUGCGAGCUGCGUAAGUAUGCGUUCCGUGUCGUGUCGAUACUAGUGGCGGUAAACUAAGUGGAAGCGACUCCUCGUCUGUUAUUUGCACUUCUCCCCCGGCCUUCUCCCUUUUCUCGUCCUUACUCAGACAGAUAUGUCGCUAUCGGAUAUUCGUUGUCGCCUACCGUUCAUUUUUUUUUUUCUGCUCUAUUUUCCAUUCGGAAUCUCCGGAGAACUGAGACGAUCGGUAUUCGUCUUCGCAUUUGGGAUUGCACGUAACGAAAUUCGUCCGUCUUACGUCAGCUUCCGAAGGUAUCCACCCUCCGGCAACAUCUACACGCCCUCGUAACCACAGAAUUUUCAGCGCGCGACUAUUUUGUAAUUUCUGUACGCUGAAAAUAUGACGCCGUUACUACGGUCGGUUUUCGUCGUAGAGAACCGCCUUAUGCUCUUUUCCUCUUAUUAACAUAUCAGCGUUACGACGUGUCGAGUUCUCUGCAUCCGGGACUAUACCAGUUUACGGAAGAAAUUGUUCCUAUAACCAGCUGCGAGUGUUUACAGAGAACUGGAAUACGUACGCGGAGAAUAAAUGCGUAAUUUUCACACCAAUAUUGUACGACGACUGUUCAAACGGACAGCCGAACUAAUUCUUCCUCCCGCAAAUGAUAAAUAUGAUUUCAGUUGCCAUUUAGGAGUCCUCAGUUUUGUUUUCGUACUAGGGCCGAUCGUUACGGAUUCGCCGGAGAGUCCACCCUACCUUUCUGUUUGUUCUGAGCUGUAAAAAAGUUCCAUCGGCGUGGCUUUCACGCCGCAGAUAUGUAUAAAUCUUGUCUGGUGUCAAAUAUUUGCAUUUCACACGUGUGUUUGAAGAACACUUUGUAAAUGUCUAGUGCGACAUAUAGAGUCCGAAUGGAGCAAUAAAUGUGAUAUUUUUCAGCUCAAUACGGUAUCACCGCGCUCUGUUGAAGCAGUGUGUUCAGUCUUCAUGAAGCUCCCACUUCGAGCCACCAUUUAGAGUAGUAAUUGACACGCUCUAGAACGAAGGUGAUGUUCCUCACUCAUCAGCUUUGUUGUACGUGCGUAGCAAAUCAAGGUCACACGCUUCAGUCUAGGUAAAAUGACUGAAAAAAAUAUUGUGUUGUAGUGAGCACCUAUAUGUUUCCGUCGUACAUGAAACACAGAAAUACAAAAAUGUUGAGUUAUGUCGUAUUUCACCCGUAUGUAUUCCUAUUCCUUCCUCGGCCUGUAUGAAACAAAGCUACGUUGUGUGAGUUUUCACGUAAGACAUAAUCAAUCAAAUGCAUAUCUAUGUGUCGUACGAGCGUAUAUGUGACGAUUAAUUUAAAAAUUCCUUUAAUAUCUUUGGAAUGCAUUGAAGGAAACAGUAAAUACAAUAUUUCUCAUGUUGAAGAAAAUAUUGAUAGCUUCUUUUGAAGCGGUACGUGGUUAGUGAGUGAGUCUUGAAAUCUGUCCUUGUCUGUGCUAACUGUGUAUAGUAUUCGUAGCGCAAUUGCUUCACCAUAACACCUGUGGCUAGUGUUAUUUGUAGCUGAACAAGAGGUAAGCAGACGCCGUAUGAAUGGUAACUAACUUCCGUGGAUCCUUU